AUGUCAUCCAGUGAAAGUGACACUGCAAAAUCACAUGUGAAUACGGAGCCUCGAAGAUGUCGCAAGACGAGUACGACCCAAUCCGGGGUAGUAAACUCACCUGGUCAGAUGAGAAUACCACCGUUUUGGCCUGAAAAGCCGGCUAUAUGGUUUGCGCAGGUGGAAGGUCAGUUUGCAAUAAUGCACAUAACGGAUGACGCCACUAAAUUCUACCACGUGCUUUCAACUUUGGAUAGACAGUACGCAACUGAAGUCGAGGAUAUUCUCACCGGUCCAGCCGAUUACAAAAAACUGAAAGCGGAAUUAAUCAAACGACUGUCCGUGUCCCGGGAAAAUAAAGUGAAGCAGUUGCUUAUGCAUGAGGAACUUGGCAACCGUAAGCCAUCUCAAUUCCUGCGACACUUGCAGCACCUUGCAGGACCGAAUAUGCCUCCAAAUUUCCUCAAAACAAUCUGGACGAGUCGACUGCCGACGGCAAUGCAAUCCAUCGUCGCGUCCCAGCCAACGUUGCCCUUGGACGACCUUGCGGAGCUAGCUGAUCGGAUUAAUGAUAUAGCGACGCCGGUGCAACACGUUGCGGCAACCACGUCAUCUCCGAUUGACCAGUUAGUUCAACAGGUAGCUCAGCUGACUAAACAAGUAAGUGCAUUGACAAUGCAAGUGAACCGUGAACCACGAGAACGGCGACGCACGGAACGACGACGAGAGCGCUGUAGCCGUUCGUCAUCACAGCGCUCGCAGUCAAGCUACCGCCGGUAUCCAAUCUGCUGGUACCAUAAUAAACACGGAGGUAAGGCGCAGAAGUGCAUUAAGCCAUGUAAUUAUAGGUCGGAAAACGCCCCAGGCAGUCAGUGA